AUGUUGUAUAUUAACUAAAAGAUAAAGUUUUAUGUGAAAUCCUAAAAUAUCAUUGAAAAGAUUAACUCAGAUUUAAUGAGAUAUAAAAAUCAUAUUAUAUUAAGUAUGAUCAUGAAUAAUUUAAGAUUAUUGCAAAUAAUUAUAUUUCUGAAUUUAUAGAUAUUAAAUAGCAAGUUGGUUAGAAUAUUAAUAAAUAUUUAUCAUUAACAAAAGAUAAUUAUGCAUUCAUUUUUUAAAAUAAGCUCUCUUGAUAUAUAUAAGUUCACCCUAUCUUAUAAUUAAUACUAAUAAUAAUAACAUAAAAUGAAACUAAAUAAUAGAGGAUCUAAUAAAAAAUGGUAGAGGAGUUAUAAAUUGGGAAAAAAAGAAUACCAUCAAAAUAAUUAAUAAAAUAGAAGGUAGAAUGGUGAUAUAAGGGACAAUAAAAUUUUCAAUAUUUUGAAGAAUAAUAUUUAAAAUAUCUUGAGAAAAUAAUAGUUAUCAUUUGAAACAUAUAUAUAUAUCUUAAUGGAGCAAAUCAUUGAUCUUAUCGAUUAAUAAGAGAGAAACAUCAAUUAAUUUACCUUAUAAAAAGAAGCAAUAGCAAGAAAAAUAGAAAAAAUAAAUUUACAAGUACCAUCUUAAAAGACAACUCUGAUUUAAUACAUUUAUUUUUCAAUUCUUUACAUGAUCAUAUUAUAUCUAUCCAUAUUGUUACAUUUUAAAAAAAAUCCUACCUGCUAACAGAAAAUUUAUUUAAUUCAAUCCCUAAGACUUCAGAAUAAAUAAAUUUUAGAAUAACUCAAAAUAUUAAUUAUUUAGCCCACCAAAUUACCAAGAAUUAUAUAUUGA